AUGGCGGUUUAUGCGGCUCAUCUAACACGAACGCUUCAAGGCACACCGUCGGUUUUCCAAAUUACAGCUCAGGAAGCUCUGGGAGCUACGGUCAAGCCAGCUUUACGGAAACUUGUUGAGUACUUAGCAUCAGUGUACCCAAAGAAUAAGUGGAGUGAGAGAUGGUAUGAUGAACUGUAUCUGUUGAUUGACUGCUGCCUACAGUACCAUUAUCUGAAACAUUAUGCUGCAUCAUUCUCUGAAUGUUUCUAUGGUUUAAUGAGAGUCCCAUUAACAAGCAGCAAUGAGUUCAGUACUGGUCACCGAUUACCUGUUCCACUGGAAAAGGGCUCAUUGGCAUUACUUGUACUCCUUCCUUACUUCAGGGACAAAGUGGAGAAGAUAGUAAACCAGUGGAGAGAAGAUAACGAGGAUGGGAGAUUGGGCAAGAGUAAAUCAGACAAAGCCCGCAAAGCAGCAGUCCAUCUAUACUCUAUAGCUCAUCUAGUCUCUGAGGCAGCCAAAUUAAUAAUCCUUGCUCGGUACCUCACAGGAUCUUCUCCCUGUCCCUCACCACCAUUACUUCUCUUGGGUCUUACGCUAACAAAUGCCCCACCACCAGAACCUGAAGAAAAUACCUGGAGUGAUCUCGCUCGAAACUUAUUUAAGGGAAAUAUUGGGAGUGCUAUGAUAACUUUCCCAAUGGUUUGGGGAGCUAUGGCAGGCGCAGUGCAGUGGGGGGCCUUCUUCGUCCAAUUCUUGCGCUGGUGGGAGACUCGACCUGGGCUCACUAUGGAUUCGCUUCCCUCACCGCCUCCCCCGAUUCGUGAAGAAAAGUCAGUGCGUUACACGAAUAAAUGUCCCGUUUGUCUGCAGUCUUGGAAGGUGCCGACUGUAUUGCCAGUUUCAGGGUAUAUUUUCUGCUAUUCGUGUAUCGCGCGACAUCUGCGCGCUAACCAAACGUGUCCAGUGACGAUGCUUCCAGCUACUGAGAGGUCACUGGUGAGACUAUAUAUAGAUACUUAA